GCCAGUCUGCGGCGCACGUUUACCCUGACACGGGCUUGGGCUUUCAGAAGAUCGUGAGGCCGAGACAGGUGUUUUCUAGCACAAUGGCUGAGCAACUCCUUCCCCAGGCUUUGUAUCUGAGCAAUAUGCGGAAAGCUGUGAAGAUAAGAGAGAGAACUCCAGAAGAUAUUUUUAAGCCUACCAAUGGAAUCAUUCAUCAUUUUAAAACCAUGCACCGAUACACACUGGAAAUGUUCAGAACUUGCCAGUUUUGUCCACAGUUUAGGGAGAUCAUCCACAAAGCUUUGAUCGACAGAAACAUCCAGGCCUCCCUGGAAAAUCAGAAGAAGCUCAACUGGUGCCGGGAAGUCAGGAAGCUUGUGGCCCUGAAAACCAAUGGAGAUGGAAACUGCCUCAUGCAUGCAGCUUCUCAGUACAUGUGGGGUGUUCAGGACACAGACCUGGUCCUGAGGAAGGCACUUUUCAGCACUCUCAAGGAGACAGACACGCGCAAUUUCAAAUUCCGCUGGCAACUGGAGUCUCUCAAGUCUCAGGAAUUCGUAGAAACGGGGCUUUGCUAUGAUACCCGGAAUUGGACUGAUGAAUGGGAAAACCUUAUCAAGAUGGCAUCCACGGAGACCCCUGUAGCCCGAACUGGACUUCAGUAUAAUUCCCUGGAAGAAAUACAUAUAUUUGUCCUUUGCAACAUCCUCAGAAGGCCAAUUAUUGUCAUUUCAGACAAAAUGCUGAGAAGUUUGGAAUCGGGUUCAAAUUUCGCUCCAUUGAAGGUGGGCGGGAUUUACCUGCCUCUCCACUGGCCUGCUCAGGUGUGCUACAGAUACCCCAUCGUCCUCGGCUACGACAGUCAACACUUUGUGCCCCUGGUGACCCUGAAGGACAGCGGCCCUGAAAUCCGAGCUGUUCCACUCGUUAACAGAGACCGAGGGCGAUUUGAAGACUUAAAAGUUCACUUUCUGACAGAUCCUGAGAAUGAGCUGAAGGACAAACUCUUAAAGGAGUAUUUGAUGGUGAUAGAAAUCCCCGUCCAAGGCUGGGAACACGGCACCACUCAUCUGAUCAAUGCUGCAAAGUUGGAUGAAGCUAACUUACCGAAAGAAAUAAACCUGGUAGAUGACUACUUUGAACUUGUCCAGCACGAGUACAAGAAGUGGCAGGAAAACAACGAACAGGGGCGGAGAGAGACGCACGCUCCCAACCCUUUGGAACCCUCCGUUCCCCAGCUUUCCCUCAUGGACGUAAAAUGUGAGACGCCCAACUGCCCUUUCUUCAUGUCAGUGAACACCCAGCCUUUGUGUCACGAGUGCUCAGAGAGAAGGAAAAAGACCCCAAACAAACCCACAAAGGCGAACGCCAAGACGGCCCCGGAGGUGCUGCCUGGCUUGGCACUGGGGGCUGCUCGGGGGGAGGCCUACGAGCCCGUGGCCUGGAGCCCCAAGGAGCCCACUGGGGGGCCUCAUUCGGCCCCACCAACUGCCCCCAGCCUUUUCCUGUUCAGCGAGACCACAGCCAUGAAGUGCAGGAGCCCCGGCUGUCCCUUCACGCUGAACGUGCAGCACAAUGGAUUCUGUGAGCGCUGCCACAACAGCCGGCAGCUCAACCCCAGUAAGUGCCAAGCCUGCCUCCAGGACGCCACCAGGACGUUUAAUGGGAUCUGCAGUACUUGUUUCAAAAGGACUCAGGCCGAGCCCUCCUCCACCCUCAGCUCCAGCAACCCUCCCUCCUGCCACCAGCGGUCCAAGUCGGACCCCUCCCAGCUCAUCCAGAGCCCUGCCCCACAUUCUCACCACAGAACUGGCAACGAGGCCUCCUCUGGCUGCCUCGCUCAGUCCGCACGGACUCCGGGGGACCCGGCAGGGACGAGCAAGUGCAGAAAAGCCGGCUGCAUGUAUUUUGGGACUCCAGAAAACAAGGGCUUCUGCACACUGUGUUUCAUCGAAUACAGAGAAAAUAAACGCUUUGUGAGUGCCUCCGGGACAGCCGGUUCCACAGCCCCCAGGUUCCCGAGCUUCAUCCCCUGCCUGGGGAGGGAGUGUGGCACCCUGGGAAGCACCGUGUUUGAAGGAUACUGUCAGAAAUGUUUCAUUGAGGUUCAGAAUCAGAGACUUCACGAAGCAAAAAGGCCUGAAGACCAACUGCGAUCCAGCCAGCGCAGAGAAAUGCCUCGGACCACACAGAAUACCCCUAGGCCCAAGUGUGCCCGGGCCUCCUGCAAGAACAUCCUGGCUUGCCGCAACGAGGAACUCUGCAUGGAGUGCCAGCAUCUCGGCCAGCGGGUGGGCCCAGGGAGCCACCGGGGUGAGCCGGUCCCUGCUGAAGAGCCUCCCAAACAGCGGUGCCGGGCCCCUGCCUGCGACCACUUCGGCAACGCCAAGUGUAACGGCUACUGCAACGAGUGCUUUCAGUUCAAGCAGAUGUACGGCUAACGGGUGGGCCAGCCCUUAGUGAAGGGGGCCUGGAGGCGUUAGCCUACGUGGUGCUAUACUCGAACACGCUGUCUGAUGCCACCGUGGGGCUGGAGGGUGUCUUUGAGCAGGGGAGGAAAGGAUGAGCUCUUCAGCACGACCCUGAAUGUGGUGACCUGGGAAGAGUCCCGAGUGGCCUGAGAGCAAAGCUUGAGACUGGCAGUGGAUGGUGUCAGCCGAUAGCCAGUGCUCCCUCCUCUCCCAGCAAGCAGGAGGCUGGGAACUUCACGGACAGUGUGCCCGCCAUGACUGCCUCACCAUCCUUUGAGUAGAGGGGGAAGACACGCCUGUCAGGUGGGCUGGGAAACCCAGAACCCUUCCACCUGCCAUCCUCCGUGUUUCUCAGAGGUGAUGCUGCAUCCUCGGUCUGCUGCCAGAAGCUUGGAAGCUCAGGGAAAAUGGACCUCUUCAGAGUGUCAAAAGUUAGUGGUUUUCCCCAACCUGCCUGAUUCCUUUCCCACGGACAUGGCAGAAACAGAACCAUCCACUCACUGUGAUUCUGAGGCUGCUGAGACCUCAUAAAGGAAACAAGCUGCUCUUCACAAUAUGCACCUUUUAAAAAUCAAGAUAUUUUAAUGGGAAGACGUGUGACUCUUGGUUAUCACUGUCUUCACUUCUAAAGAGGUUAGCUUGGACUGAGGUGCGCAUAAAUAUGUGUACAUAUAAUCCUAUACCCCUUAUGUAUGAGGGAAUUUUUUUAUGAUGUUGAAACGCUGCCCUAGAGGUUCCAGGAGAAGAACAAUAAUAAUAAUGACCUAUUUUCUGGUUGUUGUUGGGCAACGCCUUUAUACAUAGCUUUUAUGAACUCAGCCAAUUGCCUUGUUAAAAAGAGCAUUCUGUUGUGUCAUGUGAACUUUAUUUAUUGUAUUACAAACCUAAAUGUUAUAUAUUUAAAUGAAGAUGUUUCUCCUGCUCUGAGGAAAACAUUGUAGCAUCUUCUUGGGACAACAUAAUUACUUUGGAUGAUGUUAUGGAACCAAGGGAGUCCCUACCAGUAGGAGAACCUGCCUCUCGGUGGCCUUUGCUUGCCUUCCUUAGGCAAGAAGAAAUUUCAUCACUAGUAGAGUUAUUAAUAUCUCAUGCAUCUUCUCAAUGAAACUUUGGCCAGGGCCACUUGUGGCCAUUAAUAAAAACUGUUCUCUGCGAUAUUUAAACUCCUCUGAGUAUCCUACCUCCUUAGAGAUAAACUGGGAAGGAGCAGGGGUGAGAUGGGAGGUCACAGAGAAAGAUGUAGCUUUUGUCACAGUUUUACUUGCUGUCUUGCUGCACUGAUGUGGUGUCCUGGGGUGCUGGGGAGUGCACAGUGUUCACGGCAUGUGGCACUGGGAUGCACAAAACCCUGUCACCAGAAGUGUGAGAAAAUUCAUUCCUGUCCUUGGCCUGUAGUUUCUCUCUAUGCUUUGUGUGACGGUCAUUUUUUUUCCUGGGGGGGUUGAGGUGGGGAUGGCCCGGGAAUAAAGGAGGGGAGGAGAGACCCAGAGGGAAAGGCUGCCAUUUUUGGUCUGGACUCAGGACCUGAAGGUAUUUGCCAUCUGUAAGUCCAUCAGCUUUACCGUAUUAUAAGUCAACAUGUUCCUACUCAUGGUGACUUGAGUCCUUUUUCCGGUCAUCCAUCUUUAUGAUUCCUCUCUAAAAACUUCAAAUAAA